CGCGUUCCCCAACCUGGGUUAUGGUCUGACGAUAAGCAUGAAAAAAAAGCAACAGUCUAGCGCUUUGAACUUAGCUAUAAAGAUACAAUUUUUUUGUUUUUAAGAAGAUAAUCCUUACUCUGAAUGAAUUAAAAUUUUAAUCCAGCUCGUUAGGAAAGCACUUGGGACAAUAGCGUCACUCUGUCGAGGGGGGAAUUCAGCCCGUAGAGUUUUUGUGAUGUGGCUGUGUACUUCGAUAAAGAAAAGUGAAAGAAAUCUUGUUAAUUUGGUUUUCCUUUUAUGAAAAGUAUUGUAUUAUAAUUCAAAUAAAUUCUGAAAGAUAACUAAAAUGGCGGAUAAAAAACAAAACAAAAUGAUGUUGCUGCUGUGUGUAGUAGGAGUUUCUUUUGUUUCCUGUGACGUAUUCACCUCCAUGGCUAGGAUCAAGGACAUGGUUAUCAACGAACUUCAAAUUUUAAACAAAAUCAAAUCAGCGGUGCCUGAAUUGAUCUCACCAGAGCACAGGGACCUAUACAAUUUUUAUAAGCGAAGAAUAGAAGAGAUCCAGGGGCGGAAUCUAACACAAGAGCUGGAGAGGCUGAACCACCCAAAUGGGGCCUAUUACAUUAUACAGGAAUACGCCAUGAGCUACCAGCCGUUGAGACAGGCCGUGAUAGCUUCAGGUAAACCCAAUGCUCUAACGGCCAUGGCAGAGAUAGCAGACGACGAAGACGUGAGUGGCGCCCAGGCGUCACUUCUGCGACUUCAGGAAGUUUUUACACUCAACCCUGAAGACAUGAUCAAGGGAAACUACCUUAAAUACAAGGGCCCAGCACUCAACUCCACCGAUUGUUACUUCGUAGGGAAAAGAGCUUUUGAAAUCGGUAAAUACCACAUGGGAGAGAAGUGGCUGACUAUUGCUUUAGAGCUGAAGAAGAAAGAAAGAAAACCCGACCCUAAUGUCCAGGUGCCCACGAACUUUGGCCAGGUGGGCGGUGAGGCUCCCAAAGACGACCCGGCCCCAGAGGCAUGGAUCAGGGGUUUACUGGGGAGGACAUUGCUCCGAGUCGGGGAGAUCGAGAGAGCGAGAGAACUCUACAGGACUCUGACACCGGCAGAUCACGCCUUUGGGGACGUCUACUCCUUUGGGCAGGAGCUGCAGAACGUCCCGAGGGUGGAGUCCGACAACACCAGCAAAGACCUGAAGGAUUUUUAUCGACUUUGUUCGCUCCAGAGUAAAACUGUUGGAAAAUUCGCAGGUGACCCCCGCCUUAAGUGCCGAUACGUGUCUGUUUACUUGCCCUACUUCCGGUUUAACGAAGAAAUCGUCUCCAACUUGCCGUACGUCAGUCUUUUCUACGAGGUCAUCAGCAACAGAGAAGCAGACGCCAUUAAACAGGAAGCGAUAUCGAAAAUGUUUCGUGGUGGUAUUGUUGGCAGUUCUGGGCACCUUAUUUCAGCAGUUCGUACCAGCCACAUAGCAUUCAUUGAAGACAGAGAAUCGAAAGUUGCCAAAUUUAUUUCCAAGAGGAUCAACUUGUUGACCAAAUUAGAAACAAAAAUUAACGAUAAAGGUUUCCAUGGAGACCAUCAAAGUGCAGCAGAACCGUUACAAGUCGUCAACUAUGGACUUGGCGGCCAUUAUUCUAUACACAUGGAUCACUACGAGAGCAGAACGACGGAUACCUCAAGAAUUCUCGAUUAUUCUGGAAACAGAAUGGCGACAUUUUUAAUUUAUUUGACGGACGUAGAAAGGGGCGGGUCUACGGCAUUUCCGCGUGCUGACCUCGUUGUCUCGCCUGUCAAAAGAAGUGCUGUGUUCUGGUACACCUUCAAACCUGACGGCAGCGUGGACGACUUGACCCUGCACGCUGGCUGCCCCGUUUUGGUGGGGGAGAAGUGGAUCAUCAACAAGUGGGUGUUGACCAAGGGCAACUCGUUCACACGAAGGUGCGGCCUAAAGAAGAACGCGACCCAGCUGGACAUUGACCCUGAGAUGAGGAGGGGCUACAAGCCAAAGAGAAAAAAGAAGAUGGCGCGAUAACUCUGCCCUUGAAAUUAUGUAAUACAUGUUAUUUAAAAAUAUAAAUAUUGCCAACUUGUCCGUGCUGUGUUCGUGUUGAUUAGAUUCUAUGUUGAUUUGUUAAACUUCCAUACUAUUGACUUUGUUAAGAUAAAAUGAAGGUGAUAAUAA